AUGAUGCUCAAAUAUAUCACAAAGCCUACGAGAAAGGGCGUCGCUGAUGCUCUACUCAUUCUGGCUGUAAUUGGAAGCGUUAUAUCAGUCAUACUCGUCUUCAUUGUCUUUAUCGCGGGCACUACAAUCAUCCGUGGCGACCCUGACCAUCUUCUCUGGAAGCCACUGGCUCUAGUAUCGUUUGACGGCGUUAUUUCCAACAAUGACACCUCGCGCUUCUUGGUGCGCUUAAACUGGUAUGCCAGUUCUUUUGGAUGGGAACAUCCCACAGCCCCCAGAGGUCUUCCCAAAGCUGGAAUUACUUCUUCUGGCCUACGGUAUCAUUCUACUAUCGUCAGUGAUCUUCAUCAGAUUGCCUCAGAACUUCGGCUCCCUGAAGAUACCUGGAAUUGUCCCAAGCCCGGCCCAUAUGAAGACCCGUGCGGCAAUAUCUUCUUCGAGGCUUGGCGAAGCUUCUUGGCUAGCGGGGGACUCCCCAUCCCUAGCUGGAACGUCUGGAUCAACAUAGUCGCAGCACUCUUACUAGGCACCAUGGACAUCUUCCGUGAGUGGAUUAUUCCCAACAGGCCUCACUGGAUGAAGUGUCGGUGCAUCAUUGGCAAGCGAUGGUGCCCUCUUCCCAAGGGUAGCAAGGAAGAGAUAGAGCAGUUUGAUGAUUACGUCUGGGACAAGGUGCGCCUUGCCUACUGGGCCCUUUCGGCUGGUUUCUUUGGCGUUGCUGCUGGUCACACAUGCCUUAACUCGGUAUUCUUUGUGCGAUAUCUGAGCUAUUUUGAGGAGAGGUUACCAGAUGGCAUCAGCAUGCAUGGCAGAAGACGACUGGCCUCCGAGAUCUUGCUCUGGGUGGCUUUUGGUAUUAAAACUUUUGGUGCACUCUGUAUGGUAAUUAGAUGGAAGCUGAGCAGACGACCAAAUGGCUGGAUGGAUGGACAGAACCUUGGCCGCAUCGAUCGCGUCAAGCCGAAUGGCACAGAUGGAGCAAAGUACACUGAUUAG